CUCCAAAAGCCUUGCAUCCCACCUACAACGGAACCAUGCCUCUGAUACUUUACAACCUCAACACAUCCCACCGCCGCUCACCAUGGGUUGGUCUUCGCCGGACAGUUGGCCUACCAGGCUUUUCUCCGGCGAUCCUCUUGCCAUUCUGAUCGCUGUGCUGGUGACCGUUUCCUUUCCACUGCUCCUCCAUCUCUACUUUUACACCCAGACUGCUCGCGCCAAGGUCGUCCCAACAUUUCUCCUUCUGGGUGCCAGUGGUGCAGGCAAAACUUCCCUUGUAUCUCUCCUACAAAAAAGAUCUUCCGAUCCAGAAGAGUCCGAUCCUUCAGCCACUCGCAUAUCGCAAGUCUCUUCUAGCGUCAGCUUACUGCUCCCGGCCUCCGUUCCUCUGGGGUCGAACAAAUAUCGUUCCAAUAAUGAUGUCUCGCUGAAGGACAAGCAAGCCACGAGAUACAAUAUCAUAGACACCCCCGGGCAUGGGAAGUUGAGGAGCGAACAAGCCCUGUCGCAUAUCCACGAGUCUGCAUUGCGCGGGGUCAUCUUCGUCGUCGACAGCAGUGUUCUCGACUCGAGCGACUCGGCGGCAUCGCGUGAUACCGCAGUUUACUUGCACGAUACGUUACUGGCUCUGCAAAGAAGAGCUACGGGCAAGGCGAAGACGAAGACGGCCAUACCGGUUCUUGUGGCGGCGAACAAGCAGGAUCUAUUUACUGCUCUGCCAGCUGGAGCGGUCAGAGAGCGCCUACAGGCCGAGAUUGAGAGGGUGAGAGUCUCAAAGAGCAAAGGCUUGACUACAGUGGGACAGGAAUCAGACGCCGAUGGAGAGGAUGACGUUCUCGGUGGUGGCGGGGAGGAUGUCUUUUCCUUUAAAUUGAUGGAAGACGAAUACAACAUCACGGUUGACGUUCUCGGUGGUGCAAUCAAAGGCGAAGAAGCUGGAAAGGGUGUCAGAAGAUGGGAAGAAUGGAUUGGAGGGUGCCUUUGAUCGCUUGUUUGACCAUUCCAGCCAAAUCUGUUCUGUACAGUGGGAAUCUCUAAUGUAAUGCUGUAGCCGCAUGACCCUUUUCAACCUCUUGCUCAACCAAGGGCCAAUCUUUUGCGGCCCCCCGGAUUCAACACACCGUCAAUUAUUCGAAAUUACUUCCAACUCGACGGCGGUGUCUCGUUUCAGACAAUUCCUUGACUGAAAACAUCCUGCGGGUCCCGAUUCCGACUUCGGAACUCGUCUUGGAUUGGACUGGGCAAGUCGUAGCCAUCAGGCCCCAUGUCGACUGGAAUGCUCCCGACCCC